CGCGCGCCCGGCUCCCGCGGGCCGUAGGUCCCAGUCCCAGGCCGGGCAGCGGGGCUUGCUGGCAUCGCCGGGGAGCCGACGGCGACGGGGAGCCCCACGGGGGGGAGGCGGCAAGGGCAGCGGGCGCGGGGACACCUGCAGGCACAGGCCCUGCCCACUCGAGGGCGGGCCCUCCCCUCAGGUUUAGGGGGAAGGGAUGGAGCCCCACGCCUGGCCCCCAGCUCCGAGGUGCUGUUCCCAGAGGCUGGGGAGGACCGAAUAGAACCCAAGAGCAGAGAAACUCUUCUGUUUGUCUGGUCGCUAAGGCCAGUGGCCGGACACUCACUCCUGGCCCCACUCACCUCCCUGUCUGUGGCCAGGAGGGUUCAGGACGCCUUUUAUUGAAUACUGAAGUUAUGGCCCUUUGGAGGUGACCCAGGAGAGAAGGGAUGCAGGCCUUGGGUCCUCCAAAUGAGGGCCCCCUACCGGGACUCGUGGCCUCCCGCAUUGAGACUUAUGGGGGCCGGCAUCGAGCCUCUGCUCAGAGCACUGCUGGCAGUCUCUAUCCCCGAGGAGGCCCCGUGCCGGAUCCCAGUCGCCGACGCCUCCAGCAGUAUGUCCCCUUUGCCAGGGGUUCUGGCCAGGCCCGGGGCCUGUCACCCAUGAGGUUUCGAGACUCAGAACCCGAGAAGAGGCAUGGAGGCCACAUGGGAGCCGGCCCACCUCACUCCCCCAAACUCAAGGAAGUCAGCAAGGCCCACGAGCUGGAGGUGAGGCUGCACACUUUCAGCAUGUUUGGGAUGCCCCGCCUGCCCCCCGAGGACCGGCAGCACUGGGAGAUAGGAGAGGGUGGCGACAGCAGCCUGACCAUCGAGAAGUCCUGGAGGGAGCUGGUGCCUGGGCACAAGGAGAUGAGCCGGGAGCUUUGCCACCAACAGGAAGCCCUGUGGGAGCUCCUGACCACCGAGCUGAUCUACGUGAGAAAGCUCAAGAUCAUGACCGAUCUCCUAGCCGCCGGCCUGCUCAACUUGCAGCGAGUGGGACUGCUGACGGAAGUGUCAGCUGAGACCCUGUUUGGAAAUGUCCCCAGCCUGAUUCGAACCCACCGGAGCUUUUGGGAGGAGGUGCUGGGGCCCACCCUGGAGGAGACUCGGGCCUCGGGCCAGCCCCUGGACCCCGUCGGCCUGCAAAGCGGCUUCCUGACGUUUGGCCAGCGGUUCCAGCCCUAUGUCCAGUACUGUCUCCGAGUGAAACAGACCAUGGCUUACGCCCGAAAGCAGCAAGAAACUAACCCUCUCUUCCAUACCUUCGUACAGUGGUGUGAGAAGCACAAGCGAUCCGGGAGGCAGAUGCUCUGUGACUUGCUCAUCAAGCCCCACCAGCGCAUCACCAAGUACCCACUGCUGCUCCACGCUGUGCUCAAGAGGAGCCCCGGGGCACGAGCCCAAGAGGCCCUGAAUGCCAUGAUCGAAGCCGUGGAGUCAUUCCUGCGACACAUUAAUGGACAGGUCCGCCAGGGCGAAGAACAAGAGAGCUUGAUGGCUGCAGCCCAACGCAUCGGGCCCUACGAGGUGCUGGAGCCACCCAGUGACGAGGUGGAGAAGAACCUUCGUCCAUUCUCCACCCUGGACCUGAUGUCCCCCAUGCUGGGAGUUGCCCCUGAGUACACCAGACAGCUGCUGCUGGAAGGACCCGUGCGAGUGAAGGAAGGGCGAGAAGGGAAGCUGGACGUGUACCUGUUCCUCUUCUCUGACGUGCUCCUCGUGACCAAGCCCCAACGCAAGGCGGACAAAGCCAAGGUCAUCCGCCCCCCUCUCAUGCUGGAGAGGCUUGUGUGCCAACCCCUGCGAGACCCUCACAGCUUCCUGCUCAUCCACCUCACUGAAUUCCAGUGUGUCUCCAGCGCCCUCAUUGUUCACUGUCCCAGCUCUACAGACCGGGCCCAGUGGCUGGAGAAGACCCAGCAGGCCCAGGCAACCCUACAGAAGCUGAAGGAAGAGGAGUACAUCCAACAGAAGAGGGAGCUCCUGGCCCUCUAUCGGGACCAGGACAGGGAGUCCCCCAGCACCAGGCCCUCCACGCCUUCCCUGGAGGGCUCUCAGAACAGUGCAGAAAGGAGGACUCCUGACAUCUCAACCAUCAUCCCCCACCUGGUGGUGACGGAAGACACAGAUGAAGAUGCUCCCUUUGUGCCAGAUAAUACCUCAGACUCUGGCUACGGCACUUUGAUCCCAGGUACCCCCACAGGGUCCCGCUCCCCACUGAGCCGUCUACGCCAAAGAGCCCUUCGGCGGGACCCUCGCCUCACCUUCUCCACCCUGGACCUCCGGGCCAUCCCUCUGCGUCCCCCGCCUCCUGACUCCCAAGCUCCUCAACGCCGAAGUGCCCCCGAACUGCCAGAAGGAACCCGAAAAGGAGGCAGUCUUCCCCGGGGAGACCCACCAACCUGGUCUGAGGAAGAAGAUGGGGCCUCCAUGCCAGGGAAUGUGGUGGUGGAAACACUGCACAGGGCCUGGCUUCGGAGCCAGCUUCCCUCCUCCCCAACCCAUGCUGACUCUGCCGGGGAGAGCCCCUGGGAGUCCUCAGGGGAAGAGGAAGAGGGGUCUCUCUUCCUGGGUGCCGGCCACAGAUCCCUGCACCCGCUGCGGGCUGAGGACAUGCUGAGAGAGAUCCGGGAGGAGCUAGCCACCCAAAGGAUUGAGGGGGCCGUGGAGCCCCGGGACAGCAGGCCACGGAAGCUGACUCUGGCCCAGCUGCAGAGGAUGCGGGAGACCAACAUCAUUCGGCUGGACACCCCCCUGUCCACAUCAGAGGUGUGAGGAAUGCGGAGGACCUGUGACAUGCGUCUCUCCCCGGAGGAAGUCUCUCACCAGCAGUGCUGGUCACCCUCCGGCAUCCUUGACUCUACCUCAAAGCCCACAUUUCCCAAAGGAAGCCUGGCGCAGGCACCCUGCCUCCUGCUCUGAGGACUUUGAGGAUCAAAACUGUAAAUUUAUGUAUCAUAGGUGCACCUGAGCCCCACAGAAACCUGACCCCUGUGCAUAAAAAUGGCUUUCCUGGCUGGACAUGCCUGCCUAUAAUCCCAGAGCUUUGGGAGGCCGAGGUGCGGGAUCCCUUGAGCCCAGGAGUUCUCGACCUGCCUGGGCAAUAGAGGGAAAUCCUAUCUUUACAAAAAAAAAAAUGUUUU